AUGUGCGAGGCUGGUGCAGGUACACUGCUGGAAUCGCUGGCACUGAAGGGGGCCGACAUUCCCCCACAGAGUGAUCAGCACGGGGGGGACGAGAGUGAUAGCGAGGGCGGAGUUGAGGAGAUAAAGGAGCCAACCAUCCAGGAUUUGGCGGCGGAGCAGUUGUCUCAUGCUGCACAGCUGAAGGGCCUGCAUGAAGACAUGGAGUCUCUGAAAGACUCCGUUUACAGUGGAGAAAAGGGACUCGACAAAGUGAUGGGUAUCUUGUCGUCACUCUUCACGGCCGUCCAGGGGAUGGCUGCCAAGACAGGGUUCAAGCUGCCGACGGGUUUAGUGGAGGUUUUGAACAGCGACGAACCCACCACCUCUACCGCUGCAGCCCCUCCGCCCCAUCGUACGCCUGCAGCAUCAUUGGAAGCUCCAGUGAACAUGAUCGCUGUUCCCCACGCUUCCACCACCGCUCCGUCACAUGCGCGCCCAACAUUUUGCGCGACGACGCCAUGUACUGUCCAAGGCCAGGGUGCCACACCCGGUGCACACAAGUCCAAGGCGGGUCACUCUGGUCUCGCGGCCGUCCCAUCUAGCACCACGCAAGGUCAGCCGGUUUCUGCAGCAGGUGUUACUACAGCGGCAGGUGGCCUGGCAGGGAACGGUGAAGGUGCUCAGCGAGCUUCAGCGGCGCAGGCAGGUGCACCUUAUGUUGCUUUUCCAUCUGCUCGGCGGCAGGCAGGUGCCUCUGCCGGUGCUUCGACACAAGGGGUUGGACAGCCAGGUGCAGCAUCGGGUAUGCCAGGAGCGGCAUCAAGUCUGCGAGCCUCCUCAUCUAUGGCGCCCGCGACCCAGGGAGGGGAGAUCGGUGAGGUGCCCGGCAAAAGGGGUUGGACGGGCGUCACAAAGAAGCUGGAUAAGGACGAGUGGAUCGCCAGGAUCGUCCUAGACCGCGCAUCUCAGUCGCUGAUCGUCAUCAACAGCCACUUUGGAACGGAGGAAGAGGCGGCAAGGUCGAUAGCCGCAGCGUCGCACGUGAUGUUCGUUGACAAGCCAACGCGUGGGGAGCUCAUUCUCUUGACCGCCGCCGACAAGGCCAAGCUCAGCGAUUGUUCUGCACACCAGUGUGAGGUGAUGGUCCGCAUGAAGUUCUGGCACAUGUGGGAGGAGUGGAGGAAGUAUUGGCCUGCAGCGAAGGCAAAGUGGGACGAGAAAACGCGCAGGGACGAAAAGAAGAGAGCUGCAAUUAAAGCCAGCUUGGAGGAAGCAGAUGCUCGCGCCGACAAAAUCGCCCGAAUGCAAGCUGGUGGAAAUUCUGGGCAUGCGUAUGCAUCUCAUGAGGAGGGGUCGGGAUCUAAGGAUGGUUAG